GCUUCCCAGGAAGGGACCAUUUGGGGAAGGGCCUACAGAUUUGGCAACAAAAGGGGGGAAUGUUUUUGGCGAGCCGUGUGUGAAACCCGUGUUUUUUUCCCUCCUGCAGGAUGCGCCUUCCUGACGUACUGUGCCCGGGAAUCAGCCCUCAAAGCCCAAAGCGCGCUGCAUGAGCAGAAGACUCUGCCAGGGAUGAACCGACCAAUUCAGGUGAAACCUGCAGACAGUGAAAGUAGGGGAGAAGACAGGAAACUCUUUGUAGGAAUGCUGGGAAAACAGCAGACAGACGAAGAUGUUCGGAAGAUGUUUGAGACUUUCGGGACCAUCGAUGAAUGCACGGUACUCCGAGGUCCAGAUGGCACCAGCAAAGGCUGCGCCUUUGUGAAGUUCCAAAUGCAUGCAGAGGCCCAGGCCGCCAUCAGCACGUUGCACGGGAGCCGCACGUUGCCGGGCGCCUCUUCCAGCCUGGUGGUGAAAUUCGCAGACACGGAGAAGGAGCGGGGUCUCCGGAGGAUGCAGCAGGUGGCCAACCAGCUCGGCAUGUUCAGUCCCAUCGCACUGCAGUUUGGAGCAUACAGCGCCUACACUCAGGCACUGAUGCACCAGCAAGCCGCCUUGGUCGCCGCUCACUCGGCCUACCUCAACCCCAUGGCGGCCGUGCAGAUGCAACAGAUGGCCACCCUGGCCCCCAACGGGCUCAUCGCCACCCCCAUCACCCCCUCCUCAGGAAGUAGCACCCCGCCCACCAUCACGGCCACCCCGGUCUCUGCCAUCCCGGCCACCCUCAGCGUCAAUGGCUACAGCCCCGUCCCCACGCAGAGCACGGGGCAGCCGGCCUCCGAGGGCCUCUACACCAACGGCGUCCACCCCUUCCCAGCACAGAGCUCGGCCGCCCCCGUGGAUCCCUUACAACAGGCCUACGCCGGGAUGCAACAUUACACAGCUGCCUAUCCCACCGCCUACGGACUGGUCAGCACCGCCUUUCCCCAGCAGCCCGCUGCCAUCAUCACCCAGCAGGCGCCCCCCCAGCAGAGAGAAGGUCCUGAAGGCUGCAACAUCUUCAUCUACCACUUGCCGCAAGAAUUCACCGAUUCGGAGAUCUUACAGAUGUUCCUCCCCUUUGGGAACGUCAUUUCGGCCAAAGUUUUCGUCGACCGAGCGACCAAUCAGAGUAAAUGCUUCGGAUUUGUAAGUUUUGACAAUCCCACCAGCGCGCAAGCCGCCAUCCAAGCCAUGAACGGCUUCCAGAUUGGGAUGAAACGGUUGAAGGUUCAGUUGAAACGCCCCAAAGAUGCCAACCGGCCGUACUGAGCCCGCUGCCUGCCAGGU